AUGACUACUUAUAAUAGAUUAAACUCAGGCACUAAUAUUGAGGAACAUAAUGUUUCCAACACUGAGAUAAAUUCUGUGGACGUAAAUAAUCAUUUCACCACAGCCCUGAAAACUUUUGUAAUCCAAAAUUCAGAAGAAGAUUUUAUAAAUUAUUUUAUAUCUAACGAAACCGUUUGUCGCGGAAUUUUUAGAUCACCAUUGGGCGAUGUUUUAAUAAUUCUUCAUUUGGUUUGUAAAAGAUAUUUAAUAAACAUACUAAAAUUUUUGAUACCGAUUAUGAUGCCUGAAGAUGACAAUGCAAGUAAUGAACAAAAUCUGGAAAUAUUUUCUGAAAUUGGUUUUCCUGCUAUAUUCGAAGAAAUAUUUCGAAAACCAACUAAUUUUAAUGGAAAAUUUCUGAACCGCAUCUUGAUAACGUUAUUACAAAAUUGCAGUGUGUACAAACCCGACGAUGUUUGUAAUUACAAAGCUUGUGUAAAGUGUAUUUUGAAUCAAAAUAACUUAAAAAUUGCGUUUAAUGAAGUUGACGAUUACGGAAACACACCACUACAUUACGCCGUAAAAUACACAGAUUUCGAGACGAUUAUUGAUUUAUCGCAACUGGGUGCGUUUUUAGAUACAACAAAUAAAAAAGGGAUUAUGCCUGUUGAUAAUAUUUACGCCGAGGAUUUAGAAAAACUUUUAGAUGCUUGUAUACAAUUACAAACACGUAAUCAGACGGAAACUCAAUUCAAUCCGAAAAAUAAAUAUAUUACAUUUGAUUAUACCACACUGUUUUCUAAAGAAAUGUCAGAAACAGAUGUGAUUAUGCGAAUUGGUAAAAACCGGAAUUUAAGACAUUUAUUAAAACACCCAGUUAUUUCGACAAUUUUGGAUUUAAAGUGUUACAAAAUGGUAAAUUUUUUCGUGAUUAAUUUUAUUUUUUACGUAAUUUUUGACAUCAUUUUGGGGUUAUACAUUUUUAUUGCAAACUUUCCCUCUAUACGUUUCAUUUUUAGUUGCCUAGUAUGUGUUGUAUUGAUCAUAUAUUCUUUAAAAGAGUUUAUUCACAUUGUCUUAGCAGCAAAAAUCUACUUUAGAGACCCGGAAAGUUAUUUAGAUAUAUUUAUAUUAACAGCAACAAGUUACAUGGUGUUUAAGGAUCUGUUUUGCGGGAAUAAUGAAUCUGAUUUACCGUACUAUUAUGUAUUGAUCGGAUGUGGCAUCCUGGUUUAUAUAAAAGUGACGUUAUUGAAAGCUCGAUGUCUAAGUUUUUCCAUUAAUGUUUCGGUUCUUAAGGCAGUUUUAUGGAAUUCCUUUAAAUUUAUACUUUGGUUGUCACUUUUAUUUAUCUUCAUUGUAUUAUACUAUGUAGGAUACAUAACAGCAAAAAAUGAUAAAAAAAAUAUUGAUUACUAUAAUAAUAAUGAAAUAACCAAUUUGUUUAACCGUCCAAUUUUAACGAUUUUAAACGAAAUACUUAUUCCAUGUUUAUUUUUUUUUAUUUCAAUUAUACUUUCUAAUGUUAUAAAUGGUUUGGGAAUAAGCGAUAUUCAAACGAUAAAAAAGAAAGCAAAAGUUGUAACCUUACAGGAACGAACUAAGCACAUAGAAUAUAUUGAAAAAGUGGUUUAUGGUAAUACAAUUUUAUCAAAAAUAUUCAAGGCAUACUUACCUGACAUGAUAACAACAAUCUCUUGUAAAAAUUGUGGACCAACAUCGGAGUACGACGACUUUUAUGACGAUAAUAAACGACUGUAUCUCUUUUCUUACUCCAAUGACAUACAACAAUAUGAUAAUAGAAAACAUGUUUAUAUGACUCUUUAUAAUGAUACAUGCGUUAUUACCACAAAAUGCGAAAAAUGUAAAAAGUUCAGGAUACCCAUAUCCCCCGUACACAUAGACAAUGAGAUAGCGAAAAGUACGGAAGAGAUUAUUCGGAGACGUUUGAGAGAAUCUUAAUUUUUGUAAAAUAUUACAAAAUUUUAAUAAAUAAAGUUUAUUUAGUAGAGGUAAUCGUCAACGCAUUGAAAUUGACAUUUUACUGUUAAAUUUUCAAAAUGUAUUUUGUUACUUAUUAAUA